AAAGUGCCCUCUAUGGAGCGUAUCGACAAGCGCAAAAAUGGGGAAUCACCAGAAAUAGAAAAAGAAGAAAUGUCUGGGCGUUGUUGUCGACUUUAUUCAUUUUACUUGAAAUGGAGAGGUUAGUGUUCCAGAGGAUCGGCCAAGUUUGCACAAAUGUCAGUGUCUCGUGUGAUUAUUUCAGUGAUUAAAUAGCCGCUGGUUAUGAGUUUCUAAUGGAUGGUGAAUUAAUAGAACUCAUAAUUCCUCUGACUUUUGGAGAACCGGGAACGUGUAUUAAUUAAUAGUGAACAUGGAAGUGGAAAGUCUACUUAUUUGUCGGGCAUGUAUGAAGGCCGAUGGAAUUUUUUUAUCUAUGUACGGAGACGAACAGAAGAAUCUGCCCGAGAAAUUGGCUGGGCUCACGAAUAUUCAGAUUGAAAAAAAUGACGGUCUGCCAACAGUUCUAUGUCCGAAAUGUGCGUACCGAACGGAUGCAUUUUACGAUUUCAAACUCCAAGUCCAGGAGUCCCAGGCAAAGCUCCGAAAAAUGUUUGCAUUCGAGGCUGAGACCCACGCACUCAGCCUCGAUCCUUCCAAUUGGGAGGAUCCGGGAAGGCCCGGAGAAGCUGAGGACAUCCUCACCUCGAUGGACAGUUGUUCACCGACAACAAUGAAUAAAAUUCUAUCCGACUCAAGCUACCCCUGUCCCCUCGAAACAUCUCCAAAUGAUCACAAUGAAGGAAUAGAAUUUUCAUCCGAUCCAAACGACCUAGAUGCAGAAGCCUUCGAUGAGCUCUUUAUCGAGAAUCGAUCCAACUUCCCUAUCGGCGAUAAAGAUCUCAUUCACAAAGGAGAAAUCCCCUGCGAAAUCCAGGAAAUCCUAGAAUCCGAGGACGUCGGUUAUACCCUCCUGUACAUUCCGCCUCACGACGUCGAGUUAAAUCUCGGAGGAGAGGAACCAGAUCCCCCAGAUGAGAGUACCGAAACAGCACCUCCUCUGAUGCCGGAUACAAUUUCCUUCCAGUACUUCCCUCAAUCUACUUCCUCGACUGUAAUUAAGUCCGAGAAAACCGACUCCGACUCCGAGGACUCGCUGGACCACUCCUCGAACCUCCUGGGAAGCCUGAACGACACGAUUGUUCGAAUAAAAGAGCUGAAGACUGACUCAGGAGAGACGAUCUAUCAGUGCAGCCUCUGUAUGGAGAAUUACGCUCAUCUGUCGAAUAUCCUGUGUCACACAGUGGACAAUCACAUUCCCAGCACUGGCCCCUUCUACUGCGUCGUCUGCGAGAAGGACUGUGACUCCCACAAGGAUCUCAAGGCUCACAUCAAGACACACGCAGGCUCCAAUCCUUAUACCUGUUUCCUGUGCGACAAGGGGUACUCCGCGAAGCGAUACUUAAAACGUCACCUGGUGUGUCACACAGAUUUUCAUAAGUACAGAUGCCCAAAGUGUGGAUUGAGAUUUAAAGUGAAAUCAGAAUUGGAGAUCCAUGCAGCGACACAUCUCCGCGGAGCUCCAUACGCCUGCAGUCAGUGUCCAAGGAUCUUCAAUCACAAAGGGAAUUAUAAAAGACAUCUGAUAUCUCACCUGGAUCCUCAGGGGGUGCGACUGCCCAAGUAUCCCUGCCACAUGUGUGGUAAACGAUUCUUGAAUAAUCGAACAUUGCAAACGCACAUCAGGGUGCACACUGGGGAAAAGCCUUUUACCUGUCAAGUUUGCAACCGAUCUUUCUCCCAACAGGGGAAUUUAUUGAACCACAUGCGGAUCCACUCGAAUCCCAGGAGUUACACCUGCGAGGUAUGUGGCAAGAGGUUCAAUCAGCGGGCAACCCUCCGGGAUCAUGGGCUUCUUCACACUGGAGAAAAACCGUACGUCUGCAAUGUGUGUGGUGUUGCCUUCACCUUUUCUGCAGCCCUGAGGCGACACAUGUGGGUUCACGCCGGUGACAAACCAUUUGGUUGUGAUUUCUGCGACUCUAAAUUCGUUGGGAGAUACGAUUUAAAUCGUCACAUGAAAAUUCACCGGGAUAAACCCAGGCAGAGGAAACGGAGAAAUAAUCAGACUGGGCGAGAAGAUAAUGUGGAGGAUGCACUGGGUGUUGAUGAGAUUAUUCCUGUUGCUGAGACAACUUUUGUGGAGCAGAUCCUCAUGGAUGAUCACUCGGGAAAUAUUCCUCGGGAGUCGGAAAAGGAAAAUGUCGAUGCGUUAUUCAAUCUCAUGCAGUAUAGCUGAAAAAAUUGUUAAAACUUGAUAAUCGUUUUUUUGUAAAUAAAAUAUGUAAAA